AUCGCUCCCCCUGCCCGAAGGUAGGAAGAAAGAAAGGUGGCGGGUCGCGUAAAUUAUAAAAGGAGUCCGGCGUGCCCGCGAAAGAAACAGUCGCUUCCUACUCGCUACGACGAGCUUCCAAAGUCAAAGUGCGUGUGGCCAAGCGUCGUUUGUUAGCCAAGGCUUCAUCUGGGUCCGGAGAGAUUCCGACGAACGAAGAAAAAACAAAAAAACAAGCAAAAAACAAAAUGGUCGCCGUCGAGUGGGUUACCCCUGAAGAUGAGUACGUCUGCACUCUGUCGGAGGAGACGCAGGAGGUUGCUAAGCAAGAGUUGAGGGAGGACAAGAAUUCCAGAGAACAGGCUCUGAAGCAGAUCAGGGAUUGGAUAAAACUGAAUCCUAGGAUCGAAAACUGUCGGAUGGAUUCUCAAUUUUUACUCAAGUUCUUACGAUGCAAGAAGUACAGCGUCCCCAUGGCUCAGGAAGCUAUCGAGCGGUACCUGCUUCUCAGACAAGUUUAUCACCCAGCUUUCAACAACCUGGACAUCUUGGAUUCUACUCUGGAGGAGCUGAUAUCGCUGGGGUACCUCUUCGCAGUUCCUGGACGUGACAGAAAGGGACGUCGGGUGAUCGUCGCCAGGCCAGGUGUUUUCGAUCCUUACAAGUACAACAACGCUGACAUGUGCCGAAUUCACGCUAUCACUUACGAGGCUCUUAUGGAAGACGAGGAGAGUCAAGUCCGGGGAUUCGUCCAUUUCGCUGACGGUGCCGGGGUCAGUUUCCCCCAUUUGACACUUUUCACGCCCAAGGAGGCCGUCCGCAUCGUGAAGAACGGCGAGCGCACGAUCCCGAUGCGUCACAAAGAGAUAAACGCAAUCAACGCGCAUCCGUCGGUCAAAUUUGCCCUCGACUUUGGCAUGUCCUUGAUAACGGAGAAAAUAAGGAAGCGAACCAACAUCUACACCAGCAUAGAAGACGCCCUCAAUAAAAAGAUGGACGCCACGAUGCUUCCGAAAGAAUAUGGCGGCACCAUGCCGAUGAAGGAGAUGAUCGAUCUUUGGCGUAAGGAGCUGAUCGCGUUGCGACCGAUUCUUCUGAGUCACGACAAGAUGAGGGUGCGUUUGGAAAUGUUCUCCGAAAAAGCGAGGGAGGGUGCUGUUUCCGCUCUGAAGCAGGGCUUCGGUUGUUCGGCCGUGGGGGCGACCGAUUCGAUACAGGGAAUAACCGGGUCAUUCCGUAAACUCGAAGUAGAUUAGAUGAUAUGUAGAGUUCAAAUUACGUAGUUUUUACACCUCACUCAGAUUACCCAUUUAUACAUACUUAUACAUACAUAUAUUCAUAUUACAUUUAAAACUUAUAGUUUUUUCGUUUCUUUCUCUCUUAGUUGUUUUUUUUUCUUUUUUUCUUUUUAUUCUUCCUUCUCUAUUCAUAAGUCAUAAAAAUUUAUCAUGUCGAUAGUACGUACCUUAUUUUAGCUCUUAAAAUCGAAACGAAUUGCCUUGCUUCGCCAGAACUUAUAUGAACUUACCCCACGCAAAAGUCUUUUUUUCUUCGUAAACGCACAUUACACACACACGCAUACCUCUGCACUUACAAAGGUAACCGGAUAUGAAUAUUAUUUAGACACAGAUUACAAAAAUGAACGGAUAAACCGUGACAGGGGGUACAUGGAUUGAAAAAAACAUUGAAAAAAAAAAAAUAAUACGAAAAAAAGACAAUAAUUAAAGUUACCUGUUGAUGAUUUACAUAACUAUAGGUGUUGAAUAUAAAUAUACUUGAAAGAAUUAUUAUUAUUAAAAGAUGUUGUAUUUUUUUUUCUUCUUUUUCUAGGAUUAAUUGUCGCGGUAUCAGACGUGAGAAAAAACUAGAAUCAAAAUUGGUACAAAUUGUUUAACGAGAAAAAAAUGAAAGAAAAGACGAUGAUCGGAAGGAUCAUCGUAGAGUUUGGAAAUUAGUAUCUUUAUAAGUACAUAGGUAUAUAGCGAGAAUAUAUGUAUAGAUAUCGUUGGCGUGAUACAUAGCAGUAGAUGUAGAUAGAAUAUCGAUGUACGAUCGAUGUAAAUUUGUUUGUCGAAAAACUUUUUUUUUUUUUCCCACGCACCGGUGAGUUAUUAGGAAUUUUUCUAAUCAAGCGAAUCGACUGUUAAUUACGUAUAUGUAUAUGAUACAUUUAUAGCGGACAAUCUGCGAUAAUUAGAAUCGCAGCGUUGCACCGCGAUAAAUGUUUCAGUUUUUCUUCAUCAAUUUUUUCUCCGUUUGAAAUUUAUCAUACACCGCUAACACAAGACUUUUGUACGAGUAUACAAAAUAUAUAUAUAUAUAAUGCUCUU